AAUGUACGUAUCCACAUGCACGUUUCCAUCAACAUAAAUUAUGUGAGCUCACGUUCUAAAGGUUAAGCCCCACGUAUUCGCCUUUAUUUUGUUCUCCGACGGUAGGGAUGGCAAUGGAUCCGGGAUCCGAUCCAAAUCCGCGAAUUCAGACCCUUUUUUUCGAAUUUGGACCUUGCAAAAUUUGGACCCGGCGGAUCUGGACCGGAUCUGGACCACUCUCUAAAAAACCAAAACCGGAUCCGGAUCUGGAGUAGAAGAUAUAAAACUCAGAUCCGGUCUAGAUCCGGAUCUGGACACGGUAAUAUUAAAGAUAUAAUAUUUUUAUUUUUUUAAUUUUAUCCAACCCUAAAAAGUAAAACAUAGACGUCUAACUUUUACAAUUCAAUUUCAAAACCCUACUUCAUCCCACCUCACCUGCGCCGCUCGCCUAUCCUCCACCCGCGCCGCUCGCCUAUCCUCCGGCCGGCGGCCGGCCACCUCCAAAUCAGCCCCUCCGGCCUUCCCCACCCGAGAGGCUCUGCUGCAGAGCAGAGCAGCGUGAGCAGCAACGUGAGCAGCGCCAAUCCAUCUACGGCCGCUCCAUCUCCGUCCACCUCCGGUCUCGGCCUUUCCUCCACCCGAAAUCUGUGGUAUCGGACUUCAGCGAAGGCUCUGCUGCAGUCUGCAGAGCAGCACAAGGCAACGCCAAUCCAUCUCCGGCCGCUGCUCGUCCUCUCCGACCGCUCCUCUCCGGCCGCUGCUCAUCCUCUCAUCAGAAAAUGGAAGAACAAUCCAUUAAUUCAAAUAGUGAAACUGUUCAGUCUCAAAUACCAAAUGAUGGGGCAGCCGGCGUGGUUGAAGGCUUUGUUGACCUUGAACGAGAUAACAAUACCACCGAGGCUUCGAAAGAAAAUGAAGCAGAUACAGAUCCAAUUAGUGGUGUUACUAAAAAAACAAGUAAGAAAGUCACUUCUGAAGCUUGGGACCACUUUGAUAAGAUUGUGGAGAAGGGUGUUACAAAGGCGAAGUGCAAAUAUUGCAAAGCUGUUUUGUCAUACAAAGUUUCCACGGGAACUUCUUAUCUUCUUAAGCAUGCAAAGAAAGUGUGUUCGGGAAAGCACUUGCGAAUUGGAGUUGGUCAAACACAAUUGAAGGUUAAAACUGAAGCUGAUGGGUGCACUAUCUUGGAAUUGAAGGAAAAUGAGAAGCCUGCCAACUUUGAUCAAGAUGUUUCAAGAAAGGAGUUGGUUAGUAUGAUAGUGAUACAUGAGUAUCCUUUGUCAAUGGUGGACCACAUUGGAUUUAGAAAGUUUGUGAAGAGUCUUAAUCCAUCAUUCAAAAUGAUUUCAAGAAAUACAUUGAAGGCUGACAUUGUAAAGAAAUACAAUGAGGAGAGGAGCUCUUUGAAACACUUGUUUGAACAUAAUGAUAGUAGAGUUGCAAUAACUACGGAUAUGUGGACUGCUUCCAAUCAAAAAAAGGGUUAUAUGGCAGUGACAUCCCACUUCAUUGAUCAACAGUGGGUUCUACACAAUCGAACUUUAUGGUACUAACCUUAUUAUUUAUUACAAAUGCUAAUUUGCUAUUUAUUUAUGUUUAGUCACUUCUUUAUUUGUUAGUAAUUAUAGAUUAUGUGUUUGUUUAGGUUUUGUUUUGUACCAUCUCCACACACUGCUCCGAGUCUUGCAAAGGUCUUGAUGGAUUGUUUGUCUCAUUACUCAUUGGAAAAUAAAAUUUCAUCGGUUGUACUUGAUAAUGCCACCACUAAUGAUGCAAUGAUGAGUAUUUUGAAGGACAAUUUGGAAAGUAAUUUUCUAAUGUUAGGUGGGGAGUUUUUGCAUUUGAGGUGUAGUACUCAUAUUUUAAACUUGGUUGUUGGGGAUGGUUUAAAAGUGAUUAGUCAUGCUACUGAAAAAGUUCGAGAUUGUAUUGUUUUCUGGAUGUCCACUCCUAAAAGGGUGGAAAAGUUUGAUGAGGCUUGUCGGCUUUUCAACAUAACUCAACCCAAAAGAUUGGUUCUUGAUUGUAAAACUCGGUGGAAUUCAAUUUACUUGAUGCUUCAAACUAC